CGGCUCUCGCAGAUUGGAGGCUCCGCCGCACUGAUGCUCAUGAAGAUGUAUGGGUGGUUGUCCCCGGGGAUACACCUGCUCAGGCAGCACUAUCUCUCUCAGGCAAUGACUCUGAAACAGCUUUUUUCCCCCUCUGUCUGCGGCUGCAUCUUAAUCACUGUCACCGAAAACAGGCCAGCUGCUCACACGUUCUGA